UUAUCUGUCAAAAACCACAUACCAUGUGAAAAUAUGUAUAAUAACAAAAUAAUGUAUAAUAAUAAAUUAAGUCGUUAUUUAUAUUUAAUUCGGACGUACAGCGAUAUUGCUUCAAUUCGAAUACCAGAAGUAACUGUACCAUUUUCCAAUGGAAAAAAUUUUACCAUAUCAACUGGAAAAUAUGCUCGAUUUUCUGAUGGAUGUGCAGUUGUAACUGUGGGUGAUACAGCUGUAAUGGUUACAGCUGUUUCAAAGUCAAAACCUACUCCCGCUAGUUUUCUACCACUUACUGUAGAUUAUAGGCAAAAAGCAGCAGCUGCUGGGCGUAUACCUACCAAUUUUUUACGGCGUGAAUUAGGUGCUAGCGAAAAAGAAAUUUUGACAGCUAGAUUAAUUGACAGAAGUCUUAGACCAUUGUUUCCUGAUGGUUAUAAUUAUGAAACACAAAUUACUUGUAAUAUGUUAGCAGUUGACUCGGUAAAUAUUCCAGAUAUAGCAGCUAUAAAUGCCGCUUCAGCGGCUUUAAGUCUUAGUGAUGUGCCCUGGAAUGGACCAAUCGGUGCAGUUCGUGUUGGUGUAAUUUCAGGGGAGUUUAUAAUAAAUCCAACUAGGCAUGAAUUACAAAAUUCAAUUCUAGAUCUUGUUGUAACAGCUACUAAACAGAAUUUAGUGGUGAUGCUUGAAGGCAAUGGCGACAUUUUACAGCAGGAUUUAAUGAAAGCAAUAAAAUUAGGCACUAAAGAAGCACAGCAUGCAAUAACAGCUAUAGAAAAAUUACAAAAAUCAUAUGGUCGAGUGAAACGUCCAUUUGAAAAACCAAAUUCAGCGUUACCAAUAGAAAUAGCCGAUGCAGUGAAAACAUUUUCUGAAAUGCGUUUAAAAGAAAUAUUUAAUGAUUAUUCGCAUGACAAACUUAGUCGGGAUAAUGCUGUGAAUUUAUUACGAAAUGAUGUUUUUGAGAAAAUCAAAACAAAUUUUGCUGAUAUUGAAGACUUAUCUUUAGUUGUGGAUAAAUUUAAUCAAACUUGUAAAGAUGUAUUUCGAAAUAAUAUUUUUGAAACUGAUAAACGUUGUGAUGGUCGAGAAAUGGAUCAAUUACGUAACAUUUCGUGCCAGGCAGAUUUAUACAAACCUCUGCAUGGAAGUGCACUCUUUCAACGUGGACAAACUCAAGUAUUGUGUACGGUAGCGUUAGAUUCGCCUGAAAGUGCACUCAAAAUGGAUACCAUUUCUAUGCUUACAAGCGGAAUUAAGGAAAAAAAUUUCUUUUUACAUUACGAAUUCCCACCAUACGCUACCAAAGAAAUUGGAAAAAUCGGCCCAAUCGGCCGACGAGAAUUAGGUCAUGGUGCAUUAGCGGAAAAAGGUUUAAAACCAGUUGUUCCAAAUGAUUUUCCAUUCACAAUACGAUUAACAUCCGAAGUUUUAGAGUCAAAUGGUUCAAGUUCCAUGGCUAGUAUAUGUGGAGGAAGUUUAGCGUUAAUGGAUGCAGGAGUUCCACUACAAAGUCAUGCAGCCGGUGUUGCAAUCGGCUUGGUAACAAAAUAUGACAAAGAUGAUACAAAACAUAUAAACGAUUAUCGAAUACUCACAGAUAUUUUGGGAAUUGAAGAUUAUAUGGGUGAUAUGGAUUUUAAGAUCGCUGGCACGAAAAAAGGAAUUACAGCUUUACAAGCGGAUAUUAAAAUACCUGGUUUGCCAUUAAAAAUUGUCAUGGAAGCAAUUCAACGUGCAACUGACGCCAAGACUUCAAUUAUCGAUAUAAUGAGCAAUUGUCUCCCACAAUAUAGGAAUGAAAAAAAAGAAAAUUGGCCAGUAAUUGAAAAAUUAAGUGUUGAAGUUCACAAACGAUCAAAAUUUUUAGGUAUUGGUGGAAUAAAUCUCAAAAAAAUUUUUGUUGAGACUGGUGUAUCGGUGUCUUCCAUUGACGAUGUCAAUUAUAGUAUAUUCGCACCAAAUCAACAAGCUAUGGAUGAAGCCAAAGAAAUAAUUGAAAAAUUAUUAAGUAGUGAACGUGUACCUGAUUUAGAAUUUGGUGCAAUUUAUACAGCAAAAAUUAUUGAAGUACGUGAUAUUGGUGUAAUGGUAACAUUAUAUCCCUCGAUGCCACCUGCACUAUUACAUAAUUCGCAACUGGAUCAACGAAAAGUAAAUCAUCCUUCAGCACUUGGAUUAGAAGUAGGAGAUGAAAUUCAAGUAAAAUAUUUUGGAAGAGAUCCUGUUUCAGGGUUAAUGCGAUUAUCCAGGAAGGUUCUACAAGGACCAGCUAGUAAUGUAGUUCGAAAUCUAGAUAAAACUGCAAAUUCUACUUAAAUAUUUUUAUGCAAUUUUAAUAAAUAUUUUUUCAAGCA